AUGGAACAUGCGGCAAAUAACGAAUAUGUAACAAAUAAUGAAUAUAUGGCAAAUAACGAAUAUGCAGCAGAUAAUAAAUAUGCGGCAGACAAUGAAUAUACGGCAGACAAUGAAUAUGUAGCAAAUAAUGAAUAUGCAAAUAACAAUGAAAUUUCUAACAAUUUAGCCAGCGAAACUGGAUCGUCAUCUGUACAAACUGAGUCAUCAAAUAAUAGUAGACAGCCCCUAACAGAUAUAUGGGAAGAGUAUGAUAAAAUAGAUAAUGGAGCGAGAAAAUACAAAGGAGCAAGUUGCAGAUAUUGUGAUCAGAAGUGGGCUCGAGGAAGAGCUUAUGAUAUGAAAUCCCAUCUUGCAAUAAAGUGUAAGGGGAAAAUACCUAGAGAAAUCUGGUUUAAAGUACUUCAGGAGCUUCAAAGUGAGCAUGUGUUGUCUGAAUUAACAACUUCCAAAAAAAGAAAAUCAGUAUAUUUUCAGUUGCCCGUAGAUGCCUAUUACGAUACAAAAGAAGCCAUUGACAAAGCUAAAGAAACAAGAGCUAACCAAUCACUGGUUAAAUGGAUUGUGAGCUCUGGUAUUUCAUUUUCUGCCUUUGAUAAUCCUUACUUUGAAGAUUAUACCAAGGAAUUAAAUCCCGGUUAUAAUCCACCUAAGCGUGCCGCCUUAUCAACAUCAAUUUUAGAUGCAGAAGCAGCAAAUAUCAUAAUAAAAAUAGAACAGGAGUUGUCUAAAGCCAAGAAUCUAACUUUAUGCAUAGAUGGUUGGAAUUCCUAUUCUGCUAGCGCUGCUCUUAGAGAAGAAAUCAUAUUUUCUCUUACACUUGGCGGAAAUUUGAAGUCACCAACUAAGACUCGGUGGUCAACGGCAUGGGAUUUCUGUGAAUCUAUCUUAUGUAAUGAAGCAAACAUUAAAUCGGUUUUAGAACAACAACCACAAAUUUUUAUUCGUGCAAGUGCCGUAAAAAGUCUGAUUAAUGAUCGUCAAUUUUGGAUUGAUGUUGAACAACUUAGGAACAUUCUCGGCCCAGUAAAACGAGCUGUAAAAAACGUAGAGUUUCGAACCACCAUAUUAGCUGACAUAUUUUUUGAGCUCGUAAAAAUGGCAAUCGCAAUCCAGGAGACUUCUGUCUUAUAUAAUAGCCAAUUUCGGUAUGAUUGCAUCGCUAUAUAUAAUAAGCGAUGGAAAGAAUUUGACUUUGAAUUGUAUCUUUUAUCUUUUUUUUUGCACCCAACUUACCGUGGCGAUUUUCUUGAAGUUGGAAUAUAUAAAAAUUAUGUUUUUAGAAAGGCAAUGGAAAUAUGGAAGAAAAUAGGUGGAGGCGACAUAAGUGCUGGCAUUCUGAAAUUUCAAUUGAAUUUAUACAAAAAUCACAGGUCCCCUUUUGAAGAUGAGUUUAUUCCAUCUACUGAUAUGGUUACUGAUUGGUGGAUGUCUGUUGAACUUAAAAGAAAUGAAGAUCAUAUAAAAACUCUUGCCCUAAAAGUACAUUCAAUUUUACCUCAUAAUGCUGCCUUCGAGAAUGCUAAAUCAGAACUCAAUUACGUGGAUCAAAAGCUUCGCCAAGAAGAUCUAUUGUCUAUUUUUGAUAGAAUUACAAGUUCUAUAGAGGAUGAGACUGAUUUAUUUAGUGAAGAAGAAUCAUAUUCUUUUUUGGAUGAGCUUGCAGAAGAAAAUAUGAAAGAAGAUGAGGAAGAACUGGAAGAUUUAGUUAACGAAAAUUCGACAAGCUUAGAAGUUGGAAAUUUAAUAUCUUUGUCUUCCAAGUUAGAGUUCAAUGAAUCUUCAAGUUUAAACGAAGAGGUUAUACAUGGAAAUAAGGAUUUUGAUAUCAAUGAUCUUAUUAAUGAUUUAGAUUAA